AUGUGGUUUCACAUUGCUGCUGCAGCCCUGCUGGGCCUCGCAUCCACAACGUCCGCUCAGACCUCUUCAAACUGCAAUGGCCAGAUUUGCUAUGCGAUAAACAUCCCUGAGGACACUGCAAGCUCCGGCAGUGGAGACAUCUUUCUCCAAAUCACCGCACCCACCUCCUACUCAUGGGUCGCCAUCGGCCAGGGCAGCUCCAUGUCGGGCGCCCAGAUGUUUGUCGUGUAUACUUCUUCAAGCGGCGACAAUGUCACCGUUUCACCGCGUCUCGGCUCCGGUCACAACAUGCCGGAAUACAACAGCGACGCCAAGGUCACUCUCCUUGAGGGCUCAGGUGUGUCGAAUGGUCAGAUGACUGCCAACUUCAAGUGCGCAAGUUGCUCGACCUGGUCUGGCGGCUCCAUGGAUUUUUCUUCCAGUUCCGCGACAUGGAUUCAUGCAAGCAAGUCUGGAAGCGCGCUCGACUCUGACGAUAUGAGCGAGUCGAUCCAGGAGCACUCCAACGACUACGGCAAUUGGGACUGGGACUUCAGCAGCGCCAAAGGUGGUAGCAGUGCAAAUCCCUUUGCAAGCGGAACGGCCACCACCAGUGGAGGAACUAGUACUGGCACCCAGGACUGUGUCCCUAGCCCGUCCAGCUCAAGCUCCGGUUCCGGUUCCGGCUCUGGUUCCGGUACGUCAAGCACGCAGAACUGGCCUCCGUGGGGCACUGGUGGCACUAGACCCACUGGUUCACCCUGGGGCGGUAAUGGCAAGAGGAGUGAAGACAGCGUCAACUACUGCGCUCCGGGUCAAACCUCGGGUGGUAGCAACUCCGGCCAGCAGAUCGGCGGCGGUGAGGCUCUUGCCAUGUACGAGCGUGCCAGGAAGAUGCAGACAGCACACGCUGUCCUGGCCUGUCUAGCGUGGGUGAUAUUUUUCCCGGCGGGUGCUAUUGCGAUCCGGACCCUCAGCUUCCCUGGUCUCAUCUGGUUCCACGGCGGCCUCCAGGUCUUUGCUUACUCCAUGUUCAUUGCCGCGGUCGGUCUCGGUAUCUACAUCGGCCAGUUCGGUGGAUAUAUCUCGAGUUACCAUGGAGUCAUUGGGCUGCUUGUCUUCGCCCUUGCCUUCUUCAUGCCUGUCUUGGGUUGGAUGCACCACAAGCUCUUCAAGAAGUACGGCCACCGCACUUUCUGGUCCUACAUCCACAUCUGGAUGGGUCGUAUCCUCAUCACCCUCGGCAUCAUCAACGGUGGUCUCGGCCUCCUACUCGCUGGCAGCCCAAGAGACUGGCAGAUCGCCUAUGGCGUUGUCGCCGGCCUGGUGUGGGUGACGUACAUGGCUUGCGCGAUCCUGGGUGAGGCCAGGAGGAAGAAGAACAUGGCUGGUCCGCCGGCUUACCGCAGGGAACGCAAGAUGUCAUCCCACAGCAGCAGCAGCCCUGGCGGCGUCAGUCCCCAGCGGGAGUUCUACGGCCGCAAGAACCGGGGCGAGCCGUGA